AUGUCAGUCGAGGAUUUCCUCAAGAGCGAAUUGUGGAGUCGUGGUCCUAGUUGGCUAUCGCAUUCACCGCAAAAAUGGCCAAUUUCGACCCCCCCGGGAGUACCAGAGGAAGAGUUGGAGAUAAAAACUACCGUUGCUGUUACCCAAGUGUCAUCAACUGUCCACCCAUGGUUUCUACGCUGGUCUUCCUACAGUCGUCUGCUCCACGUCAUCGGAUACUGCAUGCGCUUCGUCGUUAACGUCCGUUCGAAAACCCGCACACAGCCUUCACCAUCAACUGUUCCCGUCGGUCAAGCACUCACCGUAGCAGAAAUCAACAAAGCCAAAACGUAUCUCACUCGAUUAGCCCAGGAGGAUGGAUAUGCUGCGGAAAUCAAACAGCUGAAGAAGGAGAAAACCGUAUCGAAGCAGUCGCACAUACGCAAUAUGAGCCCGUUUUUCGAUCCAGAGGGAGUGUUGAGAGUGGGAGGUCGUCUUGAUUUUGCUCUAUUGCCCUACCAAUCCAAACACCCUGCCCUGAUUCCUACCAACCACCCAUUCACCCGCCUAAUCGUCGAACAUUUCCACCGCAAAUUACUUCACGGUGGCGGGCGCCUACUUUUGACUGCUGUUCGAGAGGAAUUUUGGCCACCAAGGGGACGUAGACUGGCCCAUAGUACCGUUCGAAACUGCUUCCGUUGUACUCGCCUCAACCCGAUGCUUGCCCAGCAGCAAAUUGGUCAGCUGCCUGCACAACGAGUCAUUCCAAGCCGUCCAUUUAGCGUCACUGGUGUUGAUUAUGCUGGCCCACUUUAUCUUCGGCCGUUACACAAACGCGCUGCACCUGCCAAAGCCUACCUGUGCCUCUUUGUGUGCUUCUCAACAAAAGCAGUGCACCUGGAAUUGGUCAGCGACUUGUCCACCAAAGGUUUCUUGUCCUCUCUUCGACGCUUCAUCGCUCGCCGUGGACGACCCACCCACAUCCACUCAGACAACGGGAAGAAUUUUGAUGAUGAUGAUGAGCUGGUUGAGUUAUUCACCAGGUUCCGUGACCGUUCCCAGCAAGACGAAAUCAUCUCUGCUUGUGCCAGCGAAGGGAUCACCUGGCAUUUGACACCACCCAAGGCCCCACACUUCGGUGGACUGUGGGAAGCGGCUAUCAAAGUAGCGAAAAAGCAUCUCUUUCGCUCACUGGGAUCAUCUCGCUUGUCGUUCGAGGAAAUGUGUACCGUUCUCACGCAAAUCGAGGCAAUCAUGAACAGUCGGCCGCUGCUUCCGAUGACCGAAGACCCCAACGACAUGGCCGCAUUGACUCCAGCUCACUUCCUCAUUGGUUCAUCACUACAUGCUCUGCCCGACCCAGACCUCCGAAGCUUUCCGGCAUACAAACUCGACCACUACCAGCAACUGCAACUGCAUGUCCAACAGUUUUGGACCCACUGGCGGAAGGAGUAUCUUCAGGAGCUGAUGAAGGACACACGAGGUUGGAACCGCAACGACGAAAUCACACCAGGGAAAAUGGUCAUCUUAGUCGACGAGAUGCAACCACCAAUUCGAUGGCCUCUCGCUCGCAUCGAAUCGAUCCUGCCUGGAAAAGACAAGCUAACACGAGUUGUUGUUCUCCGUACUUCUCGUGGUACUAUCACUCGACCAAUUGCAAAAAUUUGCUUGCUACAGUACUCCACGAUGACCCCAGACGAUGAAGAAGGUUCCGGAAUGUCCAGCGAAACCCAAAUGGUCCAGGAAAAUUGA